AUGUCAAGUAAUUGUACAAAAGCUAAACGAGAAUCGUUUCAUGUAUAUUUUUUUGGUGAAGCGAUAACUCAUGCAUGGGUACCAAAAAGUUCGUUGUACAAUUAUUCUAAUGUUAAAGAAUUUAAAGAACGUUUAUCAUAUCUUAAAUUACAAGCAAAAACAAAGAGAGAAAGAAAACAAUAUGAGACAAAUAUAUCCGCUUCUCAGUUGGAAUCAUACCAGAAAGCUGUUAGUCAAGCAGAUAAAUUUGUUUAUCUAGAUCCAGACGAACGUAUUAAACAGUUGUUAGAAUUAUUAAAUAAAACACACCGAAUUUAUUCGAUGUUUGACGAUAAUUAUGACGAUACGAAAGCAAGUUUAUUGAAAAAAAUAUCUCGUAAUGCUGAUGUUGAUAGUAGCCAAACAGAUAGUGAAUUUAUAAAUCAUAUGAUUACUACACCACCAGCUAAAAGAAUAUUAGAAAAUAGUAAUAGUGAUAAUUCAUCGAACAAGAAAGCGAAGGAAGAUUUAAUCAAACAAGAACCACAAAUACCACAAGUGCUACUACACAAUCCAUUGUCGCCACCAACAGUUGACGAAUCAAUUUUAUCAAGUUCAUGGUUACCAACACAAAUAUCAUCACUAACAUUCGAAACAACAUUCACUUUAGCCUGUCCAUCAAUUACAUUUGUUGAAGAAAAUUUAAUAUUAGAUGUUAUUAAUCGAAAAUCUGAUGGUACAUUUUUUGGUUCAAAAACAGUCGCUGAACAAACAUAUGCACAUAUGGUGAAAGUUAAUAAUAACAAUCGUUCAUUACCAAUCAGUGAAUUUUGGUUUUAUCUCUUUGUUUACCAUCAUUUACCGUCAUUAUUCAAAAACCAUCCAGAUUGGUUAAACGAACUUGAAACAACUAGUCAUUCAUCAUCGUCAUCGAUUUUGGACAAACAUGAACAACACAGACGACAAUUAAUUGCAUUAAUGAAAAGUUAUUGA